AUGGAAAUAUCGAUACUUUCUAGUAAUAGUGACGACAGUGAUUUGGAUGUGCUGGCUCAGUUAUCCGAUUGGGGUGCUGAUAGCGACGCUGAAGAUAGAAACCGCGCUUCUUCACGAAAAAUUAGAAGAGUUAACUAUAUGCAGAGUUUACGUUUAGGUUUAGCACAAUGUGAUGCGGGUCUGUUUGGUAACCGCUGGAUGCUUGGUGACAGCGCUUACCCAAACAGGCCAUAUUUGUUAACACCUAUUAUAAAUCCUGCUACUGAAGCUGAACAGCGCUAUAAUGAAGUACACAUAAAAACUAGAAAUGUUAUUGAAAGAACAUUUGGUGUCUGGAAGCGUCACUUCCCUGUUGUGGCAUUAACACUGUGUUUAUCAUUGCCUAAGGUUCAGGAAUUAAUAAUUGCUACCGCAGUGUUGCACAAUAUUUGUAGGAACCACAAUUUAGAGAAAGUUCCUACAGAAGUGGAGCUGCCAACAGCGGAAAUUAAUGAUGAAGUGUACUAUACGGAAGGUCAAGAUGUUAGUGAAAGAGCAGCCCUUAUAAAUAAUUAUUGUAGAUAA